ACCCAACCCACAUUGUUCCAUUUAAGCUCUCGAUUAAUUCCUUAUGUGUCGUCUCAAAGGAAAUAUUCCAGAUUCCUUAUGCACGUAAACUGACAAAAAUAUUUAACCAUAAAGCUGAGCUACAGUCACUGAGCAAAUGGCUUUUGGUUUCCGGAUUAAUCUAUACAAUGAAGACACCAACAGCUGAGCAUUGCUGCUAAGAGGCAAGAUUGCUAUAACGGAAGAAAUCUGACAAUCAAAGACAUCAUAAGACAAUUUGAAGACCAUUUUGCCUGGUGCUUUGCCCUUUACCAACUUCCUAAAAGAAACAACAUCGUCAACAUAAGAAUGGCCUUCGUCACAAGGCUGCCAAUUUUAAUACUUCUCUUUGGUGUAAAUAUUCUUUGUAAAGAAACCAAUGAUGAUCCAUCUACUCCGCAACAUCAUCGACGCAUCCGUACGCCCAUAGAUCUUGAGCUUUACAGAUCAUUUCCCAGAGAGUGUGCCCGUGAAUGUCGGUGCAUACCAUCAUUUCCAUUGGCUAUGUACUGUGAUAAUCGAAAACUCAAAAAUAUUCCCAAUAUUCCAGCGCAUGUGAGAUAUCUUUUCCUUCAGUUCAAUGAAAUAGAAAGUGUGCCAGAAAAUACCUUUGUUAACGCAACAUUGCUUCAAGAAAUUAAUUUGAGUCGUAAUAAAUUGAUGUCUUCCAAGAUAGCCAAAGGUGUCUUUGGUAAACUCAAACAUCUGAUUAUUCUUAAUCUGGCACACAACAAAAUAAAAGACGUACCAGCUCCACUACCCAAUAAUCUUGAAAGAAUUGAUUUCAGUUCCAAUCUAAUUACUAAACUACCUGCGGAUACUUUCCGCUCACUGAUAAAUGUCACAAUUUUGGAUCUUGGCUAUAACAGACUCCCUGAUGGUGCAGUUAAGGGAAAUCAUCUUGGAAAAAUGAAGAGUCUCUUACAGUUAAACCUGUGCAGUAAUAAACUCAAAUCUAUGCCCGGAGACCUUCCAGCUUCUCUACUACAACUUUCAGUUGAAAACAACUACAUAUCAUCUAUCCCAGCAAAUUACUUCAGAAAAACACCACAUCUCAUCUCAUUGAGAAUGACACAUAAUAAACUCAAACAAGUUCCAUAUGGUUUGUUCAACCUCUCAAAACUGAUGGAACUGAAACUAGGUCACAACCUACUCACUAAAACCUUCUACGUUUCAAGGAAUCUAGAACAUCUGUAUCUCAACAAUAAUGACUUUACAACACUUAAUGUUACUUUGAUGUGUCCUACAACUGAUAUAACAAAUCCAAACCAUCUGACCUAUAUUCGGCUUGAGAAAAAUAAGCUGCGAGGCCCUUUAAAUACGUAUAUCUAUGCCUGCUUUCCUCGUCUUCGAAACCUUGUUUUUGGUGAACAGUAUACUGCACGAGUCGUUGAAACCCAAGAAGUUCCUAGAUUGGUUGGAAUGCCAAUAUUACAGCCAAAUGGAGAAUCAAAUCGCUGAAUCAAUUACCAACUAUAAUCUACAAUAUGUACUAACAACUUCUAAACAUCAUGUGAAGCUAUAUUUUUUCUAUUACAUAAAAGUCUAAGUCACAUAAGAAAAAAAAAAGUGCAAUUCUUAUUGCUUUUUCCCCUCAAUCUUCAAAAUUGUGAUAUUGCAGAAAAUUAUUCUGAUAUUUUCAAUGAACUUAAAAAUAAGAAUUGCAAGGUAAAAUUAGCAGGGCAUAUGAAUAUGUCCACUAUAUUUCCUAAAUUUAAGCUCUCAUCCCUACUUCACCUGUCCAGAAACAGGAUACAUUUAAUUACUCUCAUCUUCCACCCAAUUACUGUGAAAAUUUAAUGAGUCAAUCCCACCCAUUUCUGACACUCGCUUUCAAUGGAACAAAACUCCAAAGACAUCUUAAGGUAUACUCCCUGCUGAGUAUUUCAGGCCUAACCUUUUUGUUUUAUUUUCAGAAAAUAAAACAAUUAGUUUAAUUAGAUAGGACAAGAAAAGUCUAUGGUGCCACUGCACUGCAAAAUGUAUGAAGAAGCAGUACUGGCUAAAUUUGAAACAUAACCAUGAAAUAGACAAUCUCAAAAUCAGUAAUUCCAUGCACAUGGCAACCAGGAUAAAGCCAUUUAACAUCUGCAUUGAAGUUAUGUGGGGGCAUAUGCUUAGAUUAAUGUUACUCUAAUUUUAAUUCUCAAGAUUUUUCUUUUAAUUUAGCUUAUUUCUUGAAAUCUUACAAACAAAUCUGACAUUCUUAAGGACACAUUCAAGUUGAUAAUUUUGUACAAAGAACUGCAAGAGAGUGUGAUUACUUACCCCUUUUCAUAUGUAACUGCAAUAUCUUAAUUUACUUAUAUAUUGCAUAUAUUCUAAUAGCCUAUUACUAUUUUCGACCGUAAGCAACUUUGUUGUUUUGAAGGUGGAAGAUCCAUCCACAUUUCAUCAAAUUUUAUUUAACUAAAUAAAAUAUGUUUAUAUGCUGAAAUUCUCAAAA